CACAAACUCAAGAAAAUGGCUCAAACUCUUUAUUUCAGACUUCUUCUCAUCGCUCUCUGUUCAUUAUCUGAAUGCAUUCAGCGCCGCUAUUACCAUAUAAACACAGAGAUGACCUGGACUCAAGCUCAGAGAUACUGCAGAGAAAACUACACAGAUCUGGCCAAAGUCAAAAACAUGAAUGACCAGAAUCAGCUGAUGAAGAGUGUCAAUGGGAAUUUAGGUGUCUGGAUUGGGUUGAAUAGAUCAAGUGUUUAUAAAUGGAAGUGGUCUCUGGGUGAUCCUGUGAAAUAUACAAACUGGUAUAAUGGAGACUCAAAGGGUCCAGAUAAUUGUGUUUACAUGAGAGAUGGAUCAUGGCAUCAUCAGGACUGUAAUAAAAACAUGAGAUUCAUCUGCUACAAUGAGAGCAGUAAAGGAUUCAUCAUUGAUGGUUCUUCAGUAUCAUGGAGAGACGCUCAGAUAUUCUGCAGAGAGCAUCAUCAUACUGAUCUGACCAGUGUGAGGAAUCAGACUGAGAAUCAACAGAUUCACAACAUCAUGAAAGACAAAAGCAUACCUGAAGCCUGGAUUGGUCUGUUCAGUGAUUCAUGGGAGUGGACAGAUGAGAGUGACUCUGGAUUCAGAUACUGGCUGCCUGCUCAACCUGAUAAUUCUCGUGGUUCUGAAGCUUGUACAGAGGUUAGAACGUUUCAGCAGGGUCAGUGGAAUGACUUGAAAUGCAGUGAAUCUCGUACCUUUGUGUGUCAAGAAGAUAAUCUGAUAUUGAUCCAAAAGAGUCUGAGCUGGUCUGAAGCUCUGAGAUACUGCAGAGAGAAUCAUGUGGAUCUGGUUUCAGUUGAUUCAGAGGAGAUUCAGUUCAUGGUGACAGAUGUGAUUGAUCGGGCCUCUACUGACGCUGUGUGGAUGGGGUUACGUCACUCCUGUGCUGUUGGACUUUGGUUCUGGGUGAAUGGAGAGAUGCUGUGUUAUCGGAAUUGGGCUCCAGGGAACGAAACCGCAGUGGACGACUGUGACAAUGAAGUGAAAUCUGGAGCAGUUCAAUCUGGAGGAGAUCCUCGCUGGAUCAGCAUUCCUGAAUCUCGAAAACUCAACUUCAUCUGCAUUAAAAUGUUUCAUUUUUUGGGGGGUUCUUUGGCAUUAGGGCCCAUUAACUUAACCUGACAUAUUACAGA